AUAGACAUUUAUCCUUCCCUCUGUAGUUGCAAAUCUUUGAAGGAAUAACAUGUUGGUGUUUCUGACAGAUAAUCAACAGGGGAUGACAGUUGCCCCUUUAAAGAAAUCCCACAGAAGGAAACAGUCAGUAAAACUGAUCUGCAAUUCUUGUGCUGACAACAUGGAUGGCCAAACUUAUGAAAGCUCUCGCAUCAUCUGGACUAUUAACGGGAAAACUGCUUCUAAUCAUGGUUCUUUGCUAAGAUUGCUAAGAAACGCAAUCAUAGUUGAAGACAGCCCUCCAAAUUAUGGUCUCUGGAAAUGCAGCAGUCCCAGAUGCCUUACACAAUCUGACGGCUAUUGCUUGGAAGAGGAAUUCAGAAUUUCAGACAGAUCGGAGACGGAGGAAAUGCCCUGGUCUACCCCAGUACCAUUCUAUAAAGAGAAGAAGUUUAAGCUCCAAGUCAUUGCCGGUUGCAUGAUAGGAAUUAUCGCUCUCCUAUCGAUGGGGGUGACUAUAUUUGUUUUCCGGGAGAAGCUUCCAUCAUGGAGAACCAGUCCCAGUAAAAUUGAAAAGGAGCCAAAAUCACAAGCAAUUCAGAAUUCAAUUGGAACAGAAAAACCCCUAAAGAACCAAGAAAAAGAUGUAGAGAUGAAUGAGGGGGCAGAAGGAAUCCAAUACUCAGUACUGCAAUUCAAGGAGCCAGAGCGAUGCCGGAGUCAGACAAAGGAGGAGACGCCUGCCAUCAUCUAUGCAGAAAUGCUCUCAAGCAAUUGUCCAAAAAGCUGAUCUGUCCCAAAGGUUGAUAUACGAUCCUCCAGUGCAAAGUUUCUCAACCAUGGGAGCUUGAAGAGGGUUAGACGUCAAUUCCCAGUAUUUAUAAAAUCCUUUGGUUUUAG